AUCGGGACGUGGGAUCCUCCGCGUGGACUCAACAUGAGCGAGAAUCACAAGAGUAAAAUCACCAACAUCACAGACUCACUGUCCAACAAAUCACUGCGUGUGUCUACAAUACUGGAGGAGCCGUACGUCAUGUUUAAGAAGUCGGAUAAACCUCUGUACGGGAACGACCGCUUCGAGGGAUUCUGCGUGGAUCUGCUGCGGGAGCUUUCGGGAAUCCUGGGCUUCCGUUACGAGAUCCGGUUAGUGGAGGACGGUAGAUACGGAGUGUUUGAGGAGAGUACGGGCCAGUGGAACGGCAUGGUGCGCGAGCUCAUGGACCACAAAGCAGACCUGGCCGUGGCUCCGCUGACCAUCACAUACGUGCGAGAGAAGGUGAUUGACUUCUCCAAACCCUUCAUGACCCUGGGCAUCAGCAUCCUAUACCGCAAACCCAACGGCACCAACCCCGGCGUCUUCUCCUUCCUCAACCCUCUGUCCCCUGAUAUCUGGAUGUAUAUUCUUCUGGCUUGCUUGGGUGUCAGUUGUGUGCUGUUUGUCAUAGCCAGGUUCAGUCCGUACGAGUGGUAUAACCCUCACCCCUGUAACCCAGACUCAGACGUGGUGGAGAAUAACUUCACGCUGCUGAACAGCUUCUGGUUCGGUGUCGGCGCUCUCAUGCGGCAAGGGUCGGAGCUGAUGCCGAAGGCUCUGUCCACUAGGAUCGUGGGAGGAAUCUGGUGGUUCUUCACCCUCAUCAUCAUCUCGUCCUACACCGCAAACCUGGCCGCCUUCCUGACGGUGGAGCGCAUGGAGUCGCCCAUCGACUCGGCCGACGAUCUGGCCAAACAAACCAAGAUCCUGUACGGCGUGGUGGAGGACGGCGCCACCAUGACCUUCUUCAAGAAAACCAAGAUCUCGACGUACGAUAAGAUGUGGGAGUUCAUGAACAGCCGGCGUCAGUCUGUGAUCGUGAAGAGCGUGGAGGAGGGCAUCCAUCGCGUGCUGACGUCUGACUACGCCUUCCUGAUGGAGUCCACCACCAUCGAGUUC